UUGGAGAUCCUCUGUGCUCCUACCUCUACCCCCCCCUCCCCCCCCACAUUUUUCACACUCCUCGUGUCUUCAUUUCGACAUUUGAACCCCUCAUUGUUCCUUAUCAGUGGUUGCUUGAGCUUUUGAAGCUUUGCACCCUCGCGGCCCGGCUCUAGUUUGUUUUGACCUGCCUAUCUCGCUCCUUUUCUCCCGAAACUGUCCAUCACGUCCCGCGCGUUCUGCGAAAGCUAGACGAAAUGGGUGAAUCAAGACAAGAACUGCUCGCAUGGAUGAAUGGCCUGCUGCAGUUGAACCUGACAAAGAUUGAGCAAUGCGGAACAGGAGCUCCGCUAUGCCAGAUCUACGACAGCAUCUUCCUGGAUGUUCCCAUGACAAAGGUCAAAUUCAACGUCAACACCGAAUAUGCCUACAUACAAAACUUCAAGGUCCUGCAGAAUACCUUCACCAAGCACCAAGUCGACCGACCCGUCCCCGUGCAAGCUCUGGUCAAGUGCAAGAUGCAGGAUAAUCUCGAAUUCCUCCAAUGGACGAAGAGGUUCUGGGACCAGUACUACCACGGCGGAGAAUACGAUCCGGUUGCGCGGAGAAAGGGAUCUGGCGCGCCGCCUACCACGGCAGCGACCCGGUCUGUCAACUCGGCGGCCGCUACUCGUGCCCCGCGCGGCUCGACGCCCACGGCUGGCGCCGCACGAGCUGCCCGACCAGCUGCCUCUUCGGCUCAAACGGUUGCGCUGACGCAAGAGAACAAUACGCUCAAGGAGACGGUCGUCGGACUUGAGCGUGAGCGGGAUUUCUAUUUCAGCAAGCUCCGCGACAUUGAGCUCCUGCUGCAAUCGGCAGUUGAGGCCGACCCUGAAAUUGAGAACCAUGAUGACGGUCUGGUGAAGCAAGUCCAGGCUAUUUUGUACUCUACUGAGGAAGGAUUCGAGAUUCCCGCCGAAGCAGAGGGCGAAAUUGAAGCGCACGAGGAUCUGGAGACUUUUUAGAUGGAACCUAGACUUCUUCCCUUCCCCCUUCCCUCCUUUCCUUUACCUUUUUUGUUCUUUUUAUUCCCCCCUUUCCCCCUCUUCUUACAUUGGGCAUCAUCCGUCUCUUGUUCAUUCUUCCCCUUUUCUUUUUUUUCUCUUUCUUUCUUUUCUCUCUGUCUACUUUGUUCCCCCUUGCACCAACUGUACUACGAGGGAACUUUGCGGGUUGUUGCAACAACUCCGUAUUUCACAUGUUGUUCCAAAAUGUCCCUUUUCCUUUUCCUUGUCUUCGUUGUUUUCCUCUCUUAUGCCCAAGACGCAUGCAGCCCCAGAAUAGCGAGUAUAGACUACGUCUCACCUUUCUCUUACUUUUUUUAAAAGAAGCAUUUACCCAUCACCGUGUGAUGAUUUCUUUUGUGGAGAUGC